GUCUGUCAGCCUCGUGGUCACGUUCCAUCGCAUUUACAUGGAACGCCAUAUUGGUACCUCAAUAUUAUGUUUCGUACUCUUCGCCCAAUCAUCGUCAUCUUAACGGUUUUCAUGCACUCCGACCGUUGCACUCUCCAAUUGGUAUUCAUUUUCCUGAGACGGGGUAUCCACAUACUUUGAGAUGAAGCUCACAUAAGAAUAGACUUUAAAUAUAGUAAGUCUUGCAUUUCAUCCAUGUGGAGCUUGUGUGGAUAAAGAGAUAUAAAAUCUCCAUCGAUCGUCGUGUUCUGGACUGGAUCAAUUGUCACAAGAAUCGCAGAAUCAAUUGUACCUCGACAUCACCACCAAUUGCUCUUCGGUGUAUAGAUUUGGAGAAAACCAGCGGUGCCAAAUCUAUAUCUCUCUGGAAAUACUGAUACUCGUGGAGCCGAUGAAGCAAUAGCAACUCACAAUUCACAAGCAAUCGUCGCAUCAACAGCCAUGUCUUCCGAUCUUCUCGAGUUCGAUACAUUUUACAAAUCACCUCAGGAUCCUCAACCACAAGCUAGUCAGAGUUUCUCGUUUCUUGGUGGUGCCACCCCUAGUAGCCAGCCAGGCCAGGCGCAUGCAAGCCAGACACCGGCGCAAACUACAAGGCAAAAUGAUGACAUUUGGGGGGACUUGAAUAGCUUCACGAGUCCAAUGACUCCAGCACAAAGUGGAACUCCCCAAGAAGAUCUAUGGGGUUCUUUUGGCAUAACAGCUACUCCCCCGAACCCAUCUAUCAAUGCACCAAAAUCCAAUUACCAAGGGGGGAACAUAUUCAAAAAUGAUAAUGCUCCGCCAAACCCGGGAAUCGUGCGCAGAUCGACCUUUGAUCUUUUUAACAAUAAUGUUCAUGAUAUGCCAGAGCCUUCAUCUACGUCGAAUAAUCACAUGAGCUAUUCCUAUCCCCGACCAACAUUACCACCAUCUAAGGGUUCGUCAGGUGGAGAAAUUCUUUUUGACGCCGAUGAGGAAGAGGGUGAAGAUGAUGAUUUUGGAGAUUUUGAGAGCGUCACUCCUCCUCCAUCACAACCACAACCAUCUACACCUCCAGAGCCUCUCGAUGACUUUUUUGGUUCAUUGAGUAUCAAAACACAACCAUCAAAAAAGCCUCAUGACCUCACUACCACGUCACCGAAUCUUAAUACCCCAUUACCAUACCCACAAGCACCCAAAUCACCCUCUUUUCAGCAGCGGAAUCCGUUUCCCAAGGUUGGUCUUGCUACCCAACAAAUCAAACAAGUCGCCAAAAUGAAGACCGAAGAUAAACCCAAAUCAGCUUCUCCUUUGACAGCUUGGCCAUCAUAUGACGAGAAACCUCCAAAAGCAGCACCCUAUGUUGAUUCGCCUGCCGUACCAUCUAUCGUUGAAGACAUAGACGAUGACUGGGGUGACUUUUCUGAUCUUCCAGCCGAAUCUCCAGCUAUAUCUAGCACAAAUCCAACAUCUGGCAUAGCAGCUGAUGCUUGGGCCUGGAAUGCCGUCGAUAAAGUCACAGAGCCCACCUCAGUGGAACCCAAUCUUCCACCUCCUACCAAUAUUCCCCCUCCCUCGAUCCUCUUGAUGCUUUUUCCCCAGCUCUUCGACCUUCCUCAAUCAUCUCUCUUCAAGGCCGUAGCAAACCAACCCUUCUCUCUCAAAAAUCGCAUCAUAUCCGAUCCUUCCACCAUCAAUUUCCUUCGCGCUUACCUUCUCAUUGCCACUGUUGCAGCCCAUAUAAUCGCUGGUCGCAAAUUUCGCUGGAAACGUGAUACUCAUCUCUCACAGGGUAUGAGUAUUGGACCUGCCGGUGGAAAAGGCGGCAUGAAAUUAACCGGUGUCGAUAAAGCGGAAGUCGCACGUGAAGACCGUGAAGCGGAAGAAACAAUCCGUGUAUGGAAAGAACAAUUAGGCAGACUUCGAUCGGCUGUAGCAGUAGCUAAUACAAGUCUCAAAGAUGUUUCGAAACAUUUAGCGAUCCCAGAAAUUGGAGAUUCGAUGCAUGUAAAGAGUCAAGAAGGGGCAUUAACGGCACCGAAAGCGUGCGUGAUAUGUGGAUUAAAGAGAGAAGAAAGGGUUAUGAAAGUAGAUGUCAAAGUUGAGGAUAGUUUUGGGGAAUGGUGGAUUGAGCAUUGGGGACACAGAUUGUGUAGAAAUUUUUGGCAGGAACAUGAGGGGAAGUUGAAAUUAAGAUAAGAGGGGAUGCUUUAGGUAUAUAUACACCACUUCGACUCAUGUUAUUAAAUUUGAACAGAUUUACAAUAGUUUAUUGGUACUAAAAGCAUAUAAUUCAUGCUUCUAGGAACUUCAAGGGUUAAAAAAUCAAAAUAGUUAUAUAUUAUUACUUUAUCUUACCGUCUUGUCCCA